UCGCGCGUUCACGAAUUAAUCAUGAGCGACGCGCGCUAUGUCGGUGUGAUGACAGAAACCCAGAGUUACGUGGAAUACCUAUGGAGUCAAAGUUCGUGGGACGUCCCGCUGUUCCAUGCCCAUCAUGUUCUGAACUUGCUUCAACGACUGCUCUUCGCCACGCUGUCCAUGGUGGCGAAUGCGGGAAUUUUGCAUUUCCAUUGGACGACUCCACCGCACCCAAAGUUUACGGUGCUCCGUAAGUCUCGAAUAAUCAUCCGAACGCAUCUCAUAAGCGGCACUAUCAAUGUCUGUCUACCAAUUGUGGCGUUCUGCAGCGCAAAUCCAAAGGUUUCGACGCCAAUUAUGUGGAUCACAGUGGGGUUCGAUGUAAUACAUUUGAUGACGGUCAUCGCUCAAACACCCAACGUAAAUGGGCAGAGAUUGCUCACAGUCCCAGCAUACCAGUUCAUUGCAUUGGUUAAGGUUGUGAGCGUUGCUGGCUUGAUUCAUGCCCUUCUCGACGACUCGCUCUAUGAGCUGGAACGGUUGGAGUGGCUGUGGACGGUUUGGGCGAAUCAUCAAACCUACGCUUGGGUACGAGUAUGGAUGGUGUUGCUUUACUUUUGUCAAGCCGCUCGCGAAAGCCGAUACACCUUGGCUGUGCUAAUUGCAGGAACUAUUGGCGCUGGACAGGCCUAUGGUUUCUCCAUUAUGAUUUUCUUGAUCGUUUGGUUGAUUGGUUUCAAUUUAUGGCUUCGUCGAAAGACGUACACUCUCGCUGCGAGAUUUGCUGAAUCGAAACAUACCGGCGAUGAACAACGUGAGUUGAAUUUGGAGAUGAGUGCGAUGUUGCAGUACUUUCACGAGGCCCAUCAUGGGUUAUAUCAUGACGUUAGAUACAAGCAUCAACCCGAAGUCGUUCAGAAAAUUCUCUUCGAAACUGGAUACUUGAAAGUUGUCCAGGAUGCACGAGGGAAGGACACUUCGCAGCUAGCACCGUUAAGAACUAUUCCAGACGAUGUCCAAGCACGCUGUGUUUUUGAAUCUGUCGAUUUCGACAACAGUGGUAGUCUUGAUCUCCUCGAGCUCGCACAAAUUUUCAUCACCAACGGUGUAUCAACCGAAACCACGCAAAAGAUGUGCGAAGAAGCCUUUGGUAAAUUUGAUAUCAACAACGAUGGGUUAAUCGAUUUGAAUGAAUUCACUAUGGCUUUCAAACCUUACUGGGCGUAUCAGUUUGCCGAAGUUUAUGUCAUUCUUGGAGACGCGCCGCAGCUGAUGAAAAACGUCAUCAACGUUCCGCUUCACAGCACAGCGAUGGGAUGCCCAUUCGGAGCCGCGCACAGUAUUCCGCUCGAUUUCGGCUCCGAAGUAAUAAGUUGGACCGAUCUCGUCCAAUCCAAGAAUGGAAAAAGUCUUGACCGCGCUCUAUCGCGCGUGAGGUCAAAAUUGAAACCAGCCGUACGUUGAUUCGCGUACUGACGCGAUGCUUCGAUGUUAAGAACUUUGCCACAGGUAGGCGCGGCGUGAGAACGUCAGCGUUCAUCGGUAAGGUUGCGUCAUUUGGCGUGGUCGUCGCUGCAGUCGUGGUGCUUCGUCGGCGACGCGACGGGAACGCCGACGCCAUGGAAUCGAAUGAACCGCUGUAUGACAAGGGCCAGCGAGCUCCUGGCGGUAACGGUACGGCGCUGUGAGAGUCGCCGU